AUGUCAGUGACGGCAGAUGCAGAGAAAGAGGAAUGGCCAGACCCCAAGAAGUUAUUAGUUCUGGGCUUGAAGAAGCACCUCAAGAGCCGGGGCAUACCUUUUGAUUCAAAAGCUUGUCACAGUAAAUUGGUUCAAAUCUACAAGGACAACAGACCACUUUCCCUGCGUGGUAAUCCAAGCACCACUACCAAAGGCCGCGGAAAAAGAUUAUUUGUGCCUGAUCAGGCACAGGACAACCCACCGGCCCAGACAACUAAGCGUCCACGUAGAGGCCAGCUGGCAAGUAGUCAAGCGGAAUCUCCAGCGGACCCACCGCCUAGAGGCAAGCGCGUAAUCAAGCAGCCUACACACCCAACGGAGCCCCAGGCAGAGGUAGUUUCAAAGUCUAACGCGCAGCCUGGCACAAGCACCAAUGGCCUACUGGAAUCCCACAACGCCCCCUCUUGCCCAAAGCAACAGGCUGAAUCCAGCCUGCCUCAUGCAGAUGUGCCAGAGGUUUUGCCUCAACCGGAUCCUAUACCACCUGUAGUCUCAAAGACCAACACAGUGCUGGGCAAAAUUAUCAAUGGGCAACCAGAUAUCCACCAGCGGACAGAAUCUAGCCUUAUUUCAAACGGUUUACCUUGGUCCAAUCAUAUAUCACCCAUGAUCUUGCAGACCAACGCACAGCCCGGCACAAGUGCCACUGGCCAACCAGAACCCAAAAGCACCCCCCCUUGCCCCAAGCAACGGGCUGAAUCCAGCGCAAACGAAACCCCUCAGCUGGACCCUGCUUAUCCUUUGAAACGCCCACGCAGCUAUCCAACACCAAUGUUGGACCCUAUCCGCCGGCGACCCGUGUGGAUUGUUGAGCGGCAUUUGGCCACGCUUGGACCCACCCUCGCUUCCGCCGAGUGCCACUCCAAGGGGCAAUGCUUCCCAGCAGCUGCCUGCCGGCCCAGAGGCUGUCAACAAGCCCGCUCAACACCCACCAGACUAAAACACGGCCGAUCAGAGCUUAGCGGACCCACCGCCGCUGCCGCCAAUGUCACACCUAGCGGUGAUGCUUCCCCACAGCUGCCUGCCAGCUUAGAAACUGCAAACAAAUCCGCUCAACACCAACAGGACCAUAACACGGCCAACCAAAGCUUACAGGACCCACCCUUGCUGCCGCCCAGUGCCACUCCAAGGGGCAAUGCUUCCCAGCAGCUGCCUGCCGGCCCAGAGGCUUUCAACAAGCCCGCUCAACACCCACCGGACUACAACACGGCCAAUCAGAGCUUAGCAGACCCACCGCCGCUGCCGCUGAGUGCCACUCCGAGGGGCAAUGCUUCCCAGCAGCUGCCUGCCGGCCCAGAGGCUGUCAACAAGCCCGCUCGACACCCACCGGACUACAACACGGCCAAUCAGAGCUUAGCGGACCCACCGCCGCUGCCGCCGAGUGCCACUCCCAGGGGCGUUGCUUCCCAGCAGCUGCCUGCCGGCCCAGAGGCUGUCAACAAGCCCGCUCAACACCAACCGGACCAUAAGACAGCCAAUCAGAGCUUAGCGGAUCCACCGCCGCUGCCGCCGAGUGCCACUCUGAGGAGCAAUGCUUUCCAGCAGCUGCCUGCCGGACCAGAGGCUGUCAACAAGCCCGCUCAACACCAACUGGACUACAACACGGGAGAUCAGAGCUUACUGGACCCACCGCCGCUGCCGCCAAGUGUGGCUCCUAGCGGUGAUGCUUUCCAGGAGCUGCCUGCCAGCUUGGAAGCUGCAAACAAGCCCGCUGAUCACCACCAAGCGGACUGUAACAUUGCCAAUCAGAACUUACCGGACCCACUGCUGCAGGUAUUGCCUAGUUGCGACAUUGGAAUUCCUUCUUCACAUCUGGGCAAGCACCCGCCAACAGCGUCAACAGAAAGCCCGUGUGAAGAGGACUUGCAUCGGAGACGCAAGCGUUUAAAGGAGCGACAAUGGCACACAGAUCCAAAGAAACUUACUAUUGCAAAGAUCAAGGAGGUACUGACCGAAUUUGCAAUCAAACCUCGCUCGAGUGACAAGAAGGAAAACUACGUAAAGCAUUACAAAACCUUGGCUAAACAGCAAGAGGGUGUGUGGGCUAAAUACCUGGAAGAAAAGGAAUUGUGGGCAAAACACUUGGGACCGUCAUGCAAGAGGCAUCAAGCAAACAAGGAGACGCAGAAGACUCCCCAGCUUGAUCAAGAAAUACCGGUAAACGUUCCCGUCACCCAAUCCAAAACAGCAAAAGAUUCAGUAGAACCAGUUCUGGAGAUCCCCGAUCUGAUGAACCUAUCACCGGCGGUUAAUCCACCAUGCCACUUACCCUCCCACAAGCAGCCGGAACCAUCAACCGCCCAACAGUUCAAAACCCUGUUUCCUACGCAACGGCUAAUCCAAUGGGCUGCAACCGUGGAUGACGCAAUGCACCAAAUGGAUGUAGAUGAUCCCCCCAUUCACACCAACGAACCCAAUGAUCCUGCUGUACCGGGGAAUUUAUUAGAUAUUCCUAAGUCAUUACUACAAUCUAUGCAAACCAUAGCGACUGGUGUCUCAUCACUCCAAGCCACACCUGCCUCGGAUCCGACUCAUUUGGGUGCUGCCUCCCGUUUGCGCCCCUCCUCCCGAGCUGUGCCAUCAGACCAGGAAGAAGAAAUUCAUGAAACCCCCAGUGCAAGGCCCCGUGGCCGCAGGGCGACCCCAAGACCUGCACCCUCUGGACCCAUACCACAAGGUGGACCCAUCCCGGAUGCAAUAGGGCAACACUGUGCCACCCUCCUUGGGCGCGGUCUGCAAGAUCUACUCCCACCUCCUGCAACUGCUGCAGAACGGAGAUCCUGGAUUUACACGCUAGAGCCGCAAUCCAACGGACACGCGUCUGACACCAAUAGCAACAGCAGCGUCACUCGUGACAGUAGCGGAGAAAAUGACAGUGCCGGCGAAGACGGUGAGGAGGAUCACAUGGAAUUAGACGUUGAGUAUCAAAGUGGUUGGCCGCGCAACCCAAAAGCUUCCCAAGAGACCCUCCAAAUCAUGCAAUGCAUGAUGCGGCAAGCAGGGGUUCAAUCUUUCCGGCCAGAUCUUGGUUCGCCGACAAGCACGGCCGCCAACACAUUCCUGUGGGACCUUGCCGUUUGGAUCUUCAUGACAUUGGUGGAUGCUGGCAAAUACAAGGACGUUACGCGGGAGACAUGUAGUGAAGAGUUGGCUGCCACAAUGAUACAUAAUCAUGCUACCAAUAGUAUUGGGAACAAAAUAAGAUGA